GAGACCAGCUACGGGCAGCUUCUUUACGCUCCAACUACUGAAUUAUGACCAUCAAAAUGAGGAAUAAAGCUGAACUGCUGUUUCUGCUGAGUCUUAUGCUGCACUGCUUUUUAUGGCAAACGUCCACAAGCGUGUCAGUGAAGCAGGGAAGAAAUGUCACUCUGACCUGUCCUCUGAAGACCAGCAUCAGCAUAGGCGUAGUGAGCUGGUAUAAGCAGAAUCUGGGUGAAGGCCCCAACAUGCUACUGAGCUACAAUGUCACCAUGCCCUGGAUUGUUCGCUAUGCUAAAGACCUUAACUCACACAGAUAUGUGGUGCUGGCCAGAGACGGGUCCAAAGCACGUCAUCGCUUACGCAUCAUCACUACUGAGGAACAGGACACCGCCACGUAUUACUGCAGCUAUUCAGAAAAGAUGAAUGAAACACAGAAGAUGCCUUAGCUAUGGCAGGAGUCAAGGAAAAUGUAACAAGACAGGAUACAACAAAUCUAUGUUUGGAUUGCAACUCAAAUAUGAGAGUGGACUCUCUAUGAUGCCAUGAGACAGACCAAAAAAACAAUACUGCUAUUAAGAACAAGUACGGGUUUAUAUGUACUUGUUUAGAUGUUUUUCAACUAAGUAAACCUGUGUGUGUGUGUGUGUGU